UCCCGCGGGCCGUGGGCCCCGCACACUGGGGCUUUGUCCGGCCCCCCGCCACGAUCCACGGGGGAGGGGGGCCCCACAUGACCGAGGGGGUAGGAGGAGCCUGCGGCUGUGGCAGCGGCGGCAGCGGCGGCGGCGGCAGCGGCUCCAUCACUUUCCUCCGGGGCCGGGGGUCGGCGGGCGGUGGCACCGGCGACUGGACAGGUCUGGGCAGGGCCGUGGACGCCGGGCCCCUGGUUCCCCAUCAGGCUGCGGGCUCUGGGCCUGGGGCCAGCUGGGCAGCUGUAAACCCAGCGCUUUCCAGGCGCCGAGCUGGGGGUGCGCCCGGCCACCCGGCCUCGGGAUCAUGGGGAAUGGCAUGACCAAGAGGCCCAAGACCCCUCAUGCAGCACCCAGACCUAUCAGGGAGAUGGCUUCCUGGGGUCCCAUCACCAAUAGAGAAGAGCUGCGGGCCCCAGCUACCAUGGGUGGGAAGGGGUGCAGCCUGCCCCCUGACCCCUGCUGUCCUUCCUCCAGAUGCCAAAGACCCUGAUCAGCUAGGCCGGAAUAAGAUCACACACAUCAUCUCUAUCCAUGAAUCACCCCAACCUCUGCUGCAGGAUAUCACGUACCUUCGAAUCUCAGUCGCUGAUGCUCCUGAGGUACCCAUCAAAAAGCACUUCAAAGAAUGUGUCAACUUUAUCCACAGUUGCCGCCUCAACGGGGGUAACUGCCUUGUACACUGCUUUGCAGGUAUAUCUCGAAGUACCACCAUUGUGAUCGCCUAUGUGAUGACGGUGACCGGACUAGGCUGGCGGGAAAUACUUGAAGCCAUCAAGGCCACCAGGCCCAUCGCCAACCCAAACCCAGGCUUUAGGCAGCAGCUUGAGGAGUUUGGCUGGGGAAACUCGCAGAAGCUUCGCCGGCAGUUGGAGGAGCGCUUCGGGGAGAGCCCGUUCCGCGACGAGGAGGAACUGCGCACGCUGCUGCCUCUCUGCAGGCGCUGUCGCCAGGGUUCGGCGACCUCCGCCACGUCGGCCACAGCGUCCUCCGCCGCUUCCGAGGGGACCCUGCAGCGCCUGGUGCCGCGGGAAGCCCACCGGCCGCUGCCGCUGCUGGCGCGCGUCAAACAGACUUUCUCCUGCCUCCCGCGGUGCCUGUCGCGCAAGGGCGACAAGUGAGCGCCCUGCCCGCCGCUCCGCCUGUCCUCACGCCACAGCCCUUCGCCGGCGGCCAGGGCUUCCCGCAUCCGGGAAGCGCCCAGAGCUUUCGGGAGCCUCGCCCAUGCCCAAUGUCCACCACGCUUGUCUGCGUCCGUCCUCAGUGUCCCCUUUGUGAGUCCGUGUUCCGCCGACCUGCUUCAAGCCACCUGGUGCCUUAGUCCUUGAGCCCGGGGAAGGGGUCCUAGGCCUCCAUCCAGACAGACGGGGAGCAGGAGGUUGGUCGGGUGGGGUGGACCGGCCUGGAGGAGAUUAAAGAGAUGCGGACGUU